AUGCCAAAGUCCAAGGGAACGCGUAGACUCGUCGUCAAAACACUUCGCGAGUGUCGACCAUUUACCUUUCUCAGAAAAUCUCCAACACAACCCAGUAAUAUAGAAGCAUCAACAGCAGUACAGCAAGACAUUCCAUGCUCAGAUUCGUUCCGCAGGCCCUCCUCGGACGCUUUCGCAACUAUUGAUCGUCGAAGAGAGCGACAGGCAUCGAUGCAAAGCGACCCCGAAGAAACAAGAGUAUAUACACCACCGCAAACUCCAAACCCAUCGGUUAUUCAGGCACCUCUUGUCCAAACACGCGCGAUCAUUCCAGAAACCCGAGCGCAAAUGCAGGAACGUGAUUGUAAUCCCCCCUCGUCGGAUUUUGGCCCCUAUGAAAAAUCAAACAUUAAUGAUCGUCGUCGACUACCUUUCCUUCUUCAACACGGCGUAUUCUUUCGAAUUUGCAUCACACUUGAAGGUGCAAUCUUUGACUUUAUAAAGCGCUGGGUACCCGAAUUCUUGGUUAAUAGGAACCUACGCUUUGCUCAAGAAGUUGAGCUUAAUUUCUGGGAGAGAUAUUUAGCGGCGCCUAUUAUUCCUCCUGAAGCUUUCGAGACUCGUGAUCAUAUUCCUCAAUUUCACGAACUACUCGAUAGGUUCAAAGAGACCCGUCAUACCUUCGUCCAUAGGAAGAAGCCACCAGUCUUGUAUGUCGAUCAAAUGUUGGCGGAUGCCAUAGAAAUGACCAGGAUUAUAGCAGACGAGACGCGCGCUGAAAAGCUAGAUGGAAUUUAUCAAAUAGUCCAUCAUAUGGGAAGCCUCCUGAAGAAUCAGGUCACAAUUGAAUCAAAGGGAAUCCUCGAGGAUAGACUCCAAGUCAAUAAACAUGCGCAGGAGAUGCCGAUGGGUUGGUUGGAGGCCAGUCGGUUGCAAGAAGAGGAAUUAGAGAUUUUGAGGGAUCUGAAUCAUGAUAAUGAUAAAUAUGAAGCUUUGUAUGCCAAUGCGUUGCAAGCUCUGGAGGAUAUGAUGGAAUCUGUUUCUAAUUCUCUUGUUGGUUAA